AUACGCAAAAGUUGCAUAGGUGUAACUUUUAUGCCUCACGUGAAAUUAUAUUCAGAAUUUCAGUGCAUAUUUAGUGGAAACAUUGGACAAAUUGGACAAUCUUUGUAUCCCAGUUGUUCAUCAACUCUCUCAUUCUUUGUGAAUUUUCUAGUGUGUUGCUAAUGGCUGAAGGGCGUGUUGCUUAUCUUGGACCUUUGGGUAGAGCGAUUUCAUAUUUUGCCGAUCUUGGUUACAUGUGUCCAUCAAACUUCAACCCUGCUGACUUCUUUGUUCAGUUACUUGCGAUUGUCCCAGGUGAAGAAGAAAAGUGUCGGGAGAGAACUCAGCAAAUAUGUGAUUUCCAUGCUGAUCAAGAAAAACUUGAGAAAGAAAAUGCAAGCAGCAGAAGCAAUUCAUUUUCUGAAGAAGAAGUUGUAUCCCAUCAACCGUACAAGGCAUCCUGGUGCACACAGUUCAGGGCUGUGUUAUGGAGAAGCUGGAUAGCCACACAAAGGGACAAGAUCAUGUCUAGAAUUAGGCUGAUACAGAGUAUUAUAACAGGACUUAUUGCCGGCUUGAUUUACCUUCAAACACCAAUUGACACGAGCGGCGUACAGAACCUCUCAGGUGCCAUUUUCUUUCUCGUCACCUCAGUGUCAUUUUCAGGUCUUCAAGGAGUCAUAUUCGUUUUUCCUGCAGAACUACCGGUAUUUCUACGAGACCACAAGAAUGGCAUGUAUAGGACAGAUGUGUACUUCUUAUCAAAGACUCUUGCUGAGCUUCCUAUUUUCAUCUUGUCACCACUUCUACUGACGUCUGUAUCUUAUUGGAUGAUUGGUCUUCGGCCAGAACUUCUUCCUUUCAUCUACGCUUUUGCCAUUCUGGCUGCAUUAACUAACGUAGCUAUUUCAUAUGGAUAUGUCAUAUCUAGUUUGUCACCCUCCGUUGAAGGAGCGUCGGCCCUGGGCCCUCCAUUGAUGUUGCCUUUGAUGUUAUUUGGUGGAUUUUUCCUUAAAGACUCUACUGUUCCUGUUUAUUUCAUUUGGAUAAAGUACAUAUCCUGGUUUAGAUAUGGGUUUGAGCUGCUCAUCGUAAACCAGUGGGAUAGUUAUGGAAAAAUAGAUAAUUGUUCAAGCAGGAAUCAAACAUCGUCAUUGUGCAUACCCAAUGGUGAUGCAGCCAUUGAUUUUCUUGGUCUUAAGAAGGAUACCUUUAUGAUUGACAUCUAUGCCCUCCUGGCUCUCUUUGUUGGCUUCCGCAUUAUGGCUUUCCUUUUGCUUCUUCGAAGAUCAAGUAAAACACAGUGAACACAUGCACAGUGCAUGAUAACCGCCGACAUAUAGUUAUGUACAUUAGAAUCUUUAUAUGUUGCUCUUUUUACAUACCCAUGAUUAGGAGUUUUAAUGAUUUAUACAUCUAACCAAUACCCUGGUCUUCAGAGGUUCUAUUUCCCUUGAUUGUGAUUGUAACGAGCGAGCCCCAGUGCAAGGGAACAAAAGGAAGGGUUAUUUCUCCUCUUCCCUUCAAAACAGCAAUGCCAGAGAGAAUAAAGUAUAUUUAACAAAAUAAUAAUAAUAAUAAAAUACAUUACAGAUUACGAUUCAUUAAUGUGUUGACUUUAUUAGCACAUUCUCAACAGAAAAGACAAAAGUAAUUUAUAAUUUCAUUCUACUGCAUAUAUUUUAUCCACAUUUUUCGAAUAUUUUUUUAAUCAAACAUUUAUAACAUAGCCACGAUGUAGCACACACUCUGAUUGGUUAAAUAGAGUUCACGAGCUUGCAUCCAAAAAUGGAUGGUGCAUGCUGGUGUGAUUGAGUAGCACAUGCCAUGUUAUGAAGAUUAUGUUAAAACAAAAAUGAAUUUUUUUAAACAACAAAUAAUAUUUUUUUGCAGUCUUUAGAACAAUGAUCAAAGCUUAGUUGUGCAUAUAUCCAGUUCUGGAUGAGCUGGGGAGGUUGCUUUUAAGUUUCUUUUAGGAAGCUAGAGUUAUAUAUACCCCCUGCAUGCAUUCAGAACUGAAUAUACGAACAACACCAAGCAUUGACCAUUCCUUUGAAUAAUGAAACUUUAUCACACCUUUAAUCGGCUUUUAGAGCUGGCUGAGUUAUAUGAUGAUAACAGCUUAAAGAGUUUAAAUUCAAAGGAUAUUUGAAAAAAGAAAAUCUUGUUAAAAAGAAGAUCUUAUACCAUGAGACCAAUUUGUUUGUGAAAUUGAUUUUUUUAUGAUACAGAUCUAUAAAUAAUUUCUACAGUGUGACUACACCAAUCAAGGAUACACAAACAAAUUUUCAUACAAAUUAGCCAAUCACGAUCUAAUAUUUAAACAAUAGUCAGAAUGACUACACAAAUUUUCAGAUUUUUUUGCAAUCAUAAUAUUUUACUUUAUGUUUGUGUCGCCAUUAUCCUGUUGUUCAGCGUCACAAUGCGAUUCAGCAAAUUUGAUUUUUUUUUUUUUUUUGAAAACUUGUUUGGGUGGCCUUGGCUGAUGUAGUAGUACUGUAAUAGCAUAAUUAUUCAAAGAUUAAAUGUACGAUGAUUGUGUAUAUCUUUAAAUAAAAACUGAGCAACAGUU